CCAGCCAGCAAUGCUUGCAGAACGUCACCGACAGCCAGACAUGACUGGGUCCUUUCAGCUUUAAAGCACUCCUCCCUCAAACACCCAAAAGUCAGUUUCUGGAUUUCUGUCUUUUCCCGCGUUGCCUCCUCGUCCUGUUGCCCAUCAUGGCUGCCCCGGUGAACCACAAGGACCUGGAGAAGACCGAGCAGCACGAAUCGCUGCCCGUCGUGGUGACCGCGGAGGAAGCACUUAUCCGCGCCCGCCAACAGCCGAACGUCGCCCUGCCGCUGCGCAUCACCUUUGACCACCAUGACCCGGACAGUCCGCGCUGCUGGGGUUUCUGGCGCAAGUGGUACAUCACCGUAUUCGUGAGCAUGCUCAAUGUCAUUACCACCUGGUGCUGCGGGGCUUUCUCGUCGGGCGCCACGCAAAUCGCCGAUCACUUCCACGUUUCGGGCGAGGUCACCACCCUGUGCCUGUCGCUUUACGUCCUGGGCUAUGCGGUUGGCCCUGUCCUACUUGCCCCCUUGUCGGAGUGCUUCGGGCGCCAGCCGGUCUACAUUGUCUCCUGGUUCAUCUUGUGUAUCUUCCAGUUGCCCUUAGCCCUGGCCCCCAACAUCGGGACCAUUCUCGUCUGCCGGUUGAUUGCUGGAUUGGCCGGUGGUGCCCCCUUGACCAACACGGGCGGUACGAUCAGUGACCUGUGGGAACGCGACCACAGUGGGUGGCCCAUGGCGGUGUACGGCCUCAGCAGUACUGCUGGUCCUCCCCUAGCCUUGGUUAUGAGCGGUUACAUCGGUCUCAACCUGGGCUGGCGCUGGAUCUUCUGGGUCAUGAUGGCUAUCAGUGGUGGAUUCUGGAUGGUUCUGGUCUUCACUAUCCCCGAAACUCGCCAUUCCAUUCGACUGCAGCGCAAGACUGCCAAGAUCUGUCGGCAGAUGGAGAAGGAAGGACUGCGCUCUGCUGAAUCUACGAACGAUAUUCAUGGAGAUGACCGUAAGGGGCUGCACCAGUUGCUGGGCAUUACCUUGACGCGACCCAUCCGGUUCCUGUUCACUGAACCCAUCACCCUCUUCUCCGCCAUCUUCAACGGUUUCCUCUACGGUCUUGUCUACCUCUUCAAUGAGGCCUUCCCUCUCGUCUUCGGAGCUCCCCACGGCCACGGCUUCAAUGUCGGUCAACAGGGUCUUUGCUUCCUGGGUAUUGCCAUCGGACCCUUGCUCGCCUUUGCUGCUCACUUUCUCCAAGAACGUUACUAUCGUCAUGCUGUCGCUGCGCACGAUGGUCUGAGUGUCCCCGAAGCCCGCAUGUGGAUGGCCCGGCUGGGGGCUUUGUUCAUUCCCAUCAGUCUCUUCUGGUUUGGAUGGACAAGCUACUCCUCGGUGCACUGGAUCGUCCCGAUCAUUGCCUCGGUUUUCUUUGGUGCGGGAUUGUAUAUCGUCAUUCUCAGUAUCUUGAACUACGUGGUUGACAGCUACCAAACCUACUCGGCCUCAGCAUUAGCGGGCGUCAUUCUCGUGCGUAACAUCGUGGGAGCUGGAUUUCCGCUAUUCGCGACGCAGAUGUAUAACAAGUUGAAUUAUGAGUGGGCAUCGAGUUUACUUGGAUUCAUCGCCAUCUUGCUCGUGCCUAUCCCAUUUAUCUUUUUUUAUAAGGGUCGAGCGAUUCGCCUGCGAAGCCCUUGGGCCAGGGAACAUUUCGAUUCGAAUGAGGAUAUUCCCCACUGAUUUGUUAUAUACCAUGUCGUGGAUGAAUUAUGACUGGAGUUCGUCUUGUUGUUCGCGGUCGCGCUUGACUAGGGCAAGGCACCUUCGGAUUACCGAUGCGCAUUGCAGUCCAGCCACUCGUUUUCUGCUUAACCAGGUCUGGGUUUCGCCAUCAAUGAUUGGCAUCAAUUGUCUUUGUCCCAAUCAAUAGCAAAUGGUACCCGGUGUAC